AUGUCAAUAUUAUAUAAAUUAUUCUUUAUAUUAAUAUUAUAUAAAUUAUCUAUAAAUGGUUAUCCAUCAAGUUAUUGCAUACAUUUUGAUACAAAUGUAAAAGAUUCAAAAAAUCCAAUAAUAAUAAAUAUAACACAAAGUUGGUCACCAAUUGGAGCAAAUCAUUUAUAUGAUAUAAUUAAUUCAAAUUUUUAUUCUCUUCCAUCAGCUUUUUUUCGUGUUGUUCCAAAUUUUGUUGUUCAAUUUGGAAUAAGUGGUGAUCCAAUACAAAAUAUCAUUUGGAAUCAACCGAUUCAAGAUGAUCCAGUUAAAAUGUCAAAUAUAAAAGGUACACUUUCAUAUGCAACAGCUGGCCCAAAUACUCGUACAACUCAAUUAUUUAUUAAUUAUGUUGAUAAUCCACGUUUAGAUUCUUUAGGCUUCUCACCUUUAGGAAUUGUCACAACUGGUUUUGACACAGCUCUUGCUAUUUUUAAUCCAACACCAGGUAGUAGUGAUGGUGUCGAUCAAGAUCAAUAUUCUGAAAAAGGAAAUCAAUGGAUUAUUGAUAAUUAUCCUCAAAUUAAUUUUAUUGAAAAAGUUUCAAUUAUUGAUCAUUGUCCAUUUACAAAUUAG